AUGCCAUAUCGAAAACGCUCGAACGUGCAGUUUCUUCCUGCAAGAAUAAAACGUAUUAUGCAAAAGGAUGAAGAAGUAGGAAAAUUAGCGUCAACCGUACCUGUUAUAGCCGCCAGAGCACUUGAACAAUUUUUAGAAGAAAUUGUCACAAAAACACUCUUUAUCACAACGUCACGUUCAGCUAAAACAUUAACACCUGAACAUAUUCGCGAUAUGAUAUUUAGCGAUCAUCGUUUAGCAUUUUUACAUGAAUUAGCAAAUAAAACAUGCAAUGUAAAAACAACACACCGUUCAAUUUCGACAUCAUCACCUAUAAGUACACCGACGGCAAUGUCUUCUAUUAAUCAACAGCAGAAAAAUCUCCAACAAGAACAACAUUUUACGUUUUCCCCUCUACCAAUGACACCAAAUCUAUUCAUUCCAAUUGAUCUAUCUAAAAUAUCAUCACCACCACAACAACCAUUAAUUUCCACGCAACUAAGUCGUUCCUAUUCUGAUCCCGCUUAUUUAAUGCCAAUAACUAGUGAUCAACAAAAACAAUUGGAGCAGCAACAAAAUUUAAAUCCAUAUUAUAUAUUUGUCGAACAUCAUUUUUUGAAGAAAAUGUCUGAUUCGGUAUCGUCUUCUGCGAACGAUGUGCUUUCAGGUGAUACAAAAAUCCAAUGGUAUGAUUUUCGUCCGAAUAAAAAAUUGUUAAAUCCAAAAUUUGAUGGGUAUCGACUGAGUUUAGAUCCGUUAGCUCAAUAUGUAUUAAAAUUUGAUAAUGAUAUUCAAGUACAAUCUGAAAUAGAUUUAAAUGAUGAAUUAUACAUUUACAAUUGUAUAAAAGCGUAUAAAUCAUUAAAUCAUUUAUAUUAUGAUCAAUGGACAUCUAACGAAAAUAAUGAUAAACUUUAUUUUAUUGAUAAAAAUUGUUCGAUUUUUUAUAUUAACGUAACCGAUGAUCUUUCACAUCUACAACAGCCUACGUGUGUUUAUCAAAUACCAUCAACCAAUAAGACAUCAAACGGAUCGAUGAUAUUUGUAUCUGAAAAAAUUGUUUUAAUUAAUGAUGGUGCACAAAAAUUAUUUAUUGUUAAUAAUGAAAAUAAAAAAUGGACACUUAUACAUCAGGAAGAUUUACUUCAGGAUGAUGAAACAUUUUCAACUCGAUUACUUCAUAGUGUUAUAUUUGAACAAUAUUUACACGUAUUGAUUGGUUAUGUUGAUAAUAAAACUCAGUAUACGUCAGAUAAUACAAAAAUAAAAACAAACCAGUGCAAAUUGAUUUGGUUAACGUAUUCAUUGACACAAAUUAAAUGUGUUAGAACAAGAAAACUAGAAGGAAAAAAAUGGCUGGACUAUGCAGCGAUUGAGAUGAAUGGUGAAGCACUUUAUAUUGCAGCUGAUUGUGCAUAUCAAUUUAUUUAUGAUUCAAUGAUAGAGGUUAAGAAACCUGUUAUUCCAUCAACUUUACAUCGUAUUGAAUCAAAGUAUAAAUAUAGAUGGUCUGAAACCAGUGAAACAAUUUCAAUAUCUGUUGAUAAUAUUCCAACAGAAGGUGAACAAAAAUUAAAUGUUAAAUUUGAUGUUGAUUGUAUGCAAUGUAAAAUAGGAGACGAAGUGUUAUUUGAUGGACAUUUGUUUGAUAGUGUGGAAAUUGAAAAGAGUUCAUAUCGUAUCGAAGAUGAUAAAUUGCAAAUAAUGCUGCAGAAAAAAACACCAAAUUCUAUUUGGAAUGAUGUAUUAAAAGAUGGUGAGGCUAUUGAAGGUGAAAUGGGAUUUGUAGAUGAAAAUUCUACAACGACAACAAAAUUAGAUGGACAAGAAGUAGAGGAGAAUAAUAAAAAUCCACAACAACCAUUUAAUAUUCAACAAUUAGAAGAAUGUGAUCAAUACACAAAUGAAGAUGAUGCAUAUUUACAACGUUUGUGUGGCAAUACUCAUCGAGUCACCCAUCAAGCAACAUUAAUUAAUCAAAUAUUAUUUACAACUAGAUUAACAAAAUCCGAACUGCCGGCAAUAUGUUUAAGACACGAUGUGGAUGGGCUUAUUUGGCAAUUACAUUGUGUGAAAGAUGAAAAUAGUGCUCCUUGGACACAUGAAGCCACUUUUUCUGCAUUUGGCUAUGUUCAAGCAUCAAAACAACAGCGAAAAUUUAUUUCAUGUCCACUCGAUUUUUCAUAUGUGGUCAUAUGUGAUAUGAAAACACACUUAUAUUUAUAUAAACAAAAUUCAACGGAUAAUUUACCAGGCACAUCGUUACGAAAUCGAAAAACUGGACAAGUUAUUUCAACAAUUGCUAAGCAAUACAUGAUUUCAUUAGAAAAUCAUGAUGAAAUACUAGGUAAUAUAAUGGAUGCAUUUUUUCAAAAUCCAACAUCAACAUCGCCAAACAAUUCAUCAUUGAGUUUUGAAAAUGUUUCAAAAAUUUUGGCUAAAGAACCAUUUGCCAUGUGUACACAAGCAGCAUUAUUGGCUAUUCGAGAAUGUCCGUUUAAUCGUUCUGAAUUAUCUCAAUUAGCAAAUCGUUUUGUUUUUUGUCAUACACAAACAACAACAAAUCCACCACCUCCUCCUCCACCAUCAACUACUCCUCAAGUGCCAAUUUUACCUCCACCUCCUCAACUUAUAUGGAUAAAAAGUUUAAAUAACGUUCAAGAAUUACAUUGUCUUGAUUUAAUACGACAAUUUCUAGAAAAUGAACGGGAUGUUGUGACAUGCAAACGUUUAUUUGAAAUAUUAUAUGUUGACAUUCUUCUGGACCAACGUAAUCCAUUAUUUAUGCUGUAUUUUAAUUCAUUUUUAAAAUUUCUGUCAUUAUUAAUAUCUUUCGAAUCAAAACAAACUUUAACGAUGAUUGCACAGUGGUUUUUAACAUUCAAUCCUCUACCAUCAUCGCCAUCUACAUCAAACACAACCUCAUCUAUCUCACCAACACCUCCCAGUACAUCUGAUCUAUUAUCAAAAAUAGUUGAACAUUUAAUCCAUGAUCAUGUCUCAUUAGCCACAACAAACUCAAUUAAAAAUCUCUGUUCAAUUUCACCACUAUUUACACUCUGUUUUAUUAGUCAGACAUGUUUAUUAUUAGAUAAAGAUUUGAUAGGAACACAUCUUGACACACAAACUGUUCAGAUUCUUAUCGAAUUAUUAACAUAUUGGUUGACUAAUUAUACCAAUCUAUUAUUAGCUACAUUACAACAAUGUUAUAGUCAAGAACAAUCAGUAACAGCACAACGAAGUACAGUGCUGGCUAAAAGUAAUCAAUUAUAUUUUAAUUUUCUUCCUCCAAUGAUACGUUUGAAUGUUUUAUUUCCAAUUCGUUCUGUUGAGAUUUUCUUGUCAAAUCAAAAUAAUACAACAGGCAUCAAUACAUUACGUACAAAUAUGGAUUAUUUGCAUACAUCUAUCUUAUCCUUUUUAUUUUCAAUUGUCAAUGAUCAACAACAACAACAUCAAUAUGUACGUUAUUUAUUACCACCAAAUUAUUUUGAACAAUUAUCAUUAAAUAUUUAUGAUAUUAUUGGCAAAGAAGGUCCCGAUAAAACGAGUGUUGACGACUGUAUUCAACGUUAUUUACAAAUAUUGGCAAUAGCUAAAACACAUCCAUCAACUUUAACACAGAUAAAAAUAAGAGAAUUAGGUAAACAAAUUCCACUAUUAACCAGACAUAAAUUAUUUGGUGUAUUACAACGAAAAGAACAACAAGAAAGUAAAAAGAAAUGA